AUGAACAACGACAACAGAAAAGCCUUAGAAGAAGCUCUCUUCUUCCAAAACCCAGAAACUUUCAAUCUCCUCGCCGAAAGGCCGUCGUUUUACGGCUCUUUCAUGGGCACUCAUUUCGCAAUCUCUUCAAUUUCGCUCCCCAACAACAACCACCACCACCUAAAACUCCUCCAACCGCCGAGUGAUCACGAAAACCAACAACAACCCGGCCAACAAGGCCCUCCUGUUCUCGACGGAAUCGCCGCCGUCGUCGGCGAGCACGUCCUCUUCGGCGGGAAAACUGCCGCGAAAGAAGAAGGGAUGACCGCCACUGCAAAAUGCGCUAGACCGGAAGCUAUAACUGCGGCUGAGAGCAGUGUUCCGGUGCAGCGGAGCUACAGGGGAGUAAGGAAGAGGCCGUGGGGGAGGUGGUCGGCGGAGAUAAGGGACAGGAUAGGGCGGUGCCGCCACUGGCUGGGGACGUUCGACACCGCCGAGGAGGCGGCACGUGCCUACGACGCGGCCGCCAGGCGUCUCAGGGGCUCCAAGGCCCGCACGAAUUUCGAGAUCGCCUCGGUCUUGCCCUUGCUGGUGCCGUCUUCGGUUUCGCCCUCGUCUUCCUCGUCCUCGUCGUCGUCUGGGAAUCUCAAAACGCGAGGAAAGCUGUCGUCGUUGUCAUCUUCUUGUUCGAAGGCGGCGCAACGACGGAAGACUGGCUUCAUGAGGAACAAGUGUUCGGUGGUGACGUCAGCGGCUCAUCUGUUCAGCAGUAGUCCUGUUCCCAAGGAGAUCAACGGGAAAGUGGUACGUCAUGUGGAGCUUGAUCUGAAGCUAGGCGUGGCUUCUGCUGGUGACAACAUUAGAAUUUAG